ACCCGCGGGGGGAGGAUGCUGAGGUGCGAGAGGCGAGGGGCGUCGCUGCCAGGGGCGGCAGAGCCGCAGCACCGGGGCAGAGGGAGGCUGUCGGGGCUGGGGGAAGGAUGCUGCGGGUGUGGGGGUGGACGGGACAGGCCGCCCGCCGCUGGAACGGGGCGGGGGAGCCGAGGGGCGGCGGCGGCGUGGCGUUACCCGGGAGGCCCCUCAGGCCGCGGUGGCAGGGGGGGAGGCAGCGGCGGCGGCUCCUCCUCCGGCAGCGGCGGCGGCUCCCCCACACCGCGCGGCACGUGCGCCCUCCCCAGCGCCGCCUCUGUCGCCGUCUCGCGAGAGCCCAGCGGAAUGAGGGGAUUGAGCCCGCCGGAGCUCCGUCUCGCGGAGGCUGCGCCGCCGGCUCCAAGCGUGCGAGCCCAUAGGCUACCGGCCGCACGUGACCCGGCGUGCUACGGGGCGCUGGAGCGGCCGUUUGUGGCGGUAGGCCGCCGGCCGGCCGCCCGCCGCCAUGCCCCGAGCACGUACUGCUCCACCAUGGUGCAGCACUGCGAGGCGCUGGGCCGCGCCGUGCAGGUGGUGAACCUGGACCCGGCGGCGGAGCAAUUCAGCUACCCGGUGAUGGCAGACAUCCGUGAGUUAAUAGAAGUGGACGACGUCAUGGAAGAUGAGUCCUUAAGGUUUGGCCCCAAUGGCGGCUUGGUAUUUUGCAUGGAAUACUUUGCCAAUAACUUUAACUGGCUCGAAGAAAGCCUUGGGCAUGUGGAGGAUGACUAUAUAUUGUUUGAUUGCCCAGGUCAGAUCGAACUCUAUACACAUUUGCCAGUGAUGAAACAGCUGGUGGAGCAGCUUCAGCAGUGGGAAUUCCGUGUCUGUGGAGUUUUCCUUGUGGAUUCUCAGUUUAUGGUGGAAUCUUUUAAGUUUAUCUCUGGAAUUCUGGCAGCCCUCAGUGCAAUGAUAUCUUUAGAGAUUCCACAGAUUAACAUCAUGACCAAAAUGGAUUUGCUGAGCAAGAAAGCCAAGAAGGAAAUAGAAAAGUACUUAGAUCCAGAUAUGUAUUCUAUGAUUGAAGAUUCUACAAAUAUAUUGAAAAGCAAAAUGUUUAAAAAAUUGACCAAGUCUAUAUGUGGAUUGAUCGAUGACUAUGGUAUGGUUCGAUUUCUACCUUUUGAUCGCUCCGAUGAGGAAAGUAUAAACAUAGUUCUGCAGCACAUAGACUUUACCAUUCAGUAUGGAGAAGAUCUUGAAUUUAAAGAACCAAAGGAAUGCGAAGAAGAUAAAUCUGCUCUUGUGGAUGAAUACUUUCAAGAUCACGUGGAUGAGUAAAAACCAGAUGUUCAAAAAUGGCAGGAGAAUGCCUUGCUUGUGUUAAAAAAAUAAAAAUGGAAAAAAUCUACCCCUACACAAAUAUCCUUGAUGUUUUAUCUGUAAGAGAAUUAAUAUUUAUAGUGAAGAGUGAGCUAUAUGACCUCAUAACUAUUUUAAUAAACAAUUUUUAUUCUUA